AUGGCAGGCACGGAAGUGGUCAUCAAGGAGUCCGCAAUGGCAUGGGACCAGCAGCAGGACUGCGUCGACUGCGCCGCACACGCACUGAAUGUGCUAAAGCUCGAUGACCAGAGUGCCAUUGCGCAGUUCAUCAAGACGGAGCUCGAUGCCAAGUACGGGCACCGCUGGCACUGUGUGGUAGGCCACGACUUCGGCUCGCUCGUCGGGCAUGAGGGAAAGGACUUCCUCUACAUGUGUCUGAACUCGACCUUGUUCAUUAUGGUGUGGCGCGUAGAGAAACAGUACGAAGAGAAGGCGGUCUCGGUGAACACGUUGUUGGCCACGCAGCAGGUGAAACGCGACGCCGCCCCUGCGUACUAA